UUUGACCAAUCAGAGCGAGAGGAGCUAGGAGCGGAGCCGGAGCUAACGAAUAUAAAGCGUUUUUUUAAGACGACUGAAGGAUUUUGAGCGAGAAAAAGUUUAUGAUCUAAAAAUAGGUAAAAAUCGCCAACAAAUCCGAUAUUUUUGAAAGCUGUAGGUCCCUGUCAGACAAACACGAGCAGUUUGUGUUCACACUGACUCUAUGAAAAAAAUCUUGUCUCGGCCCAUGGGACUUUUUCUGCUGAAGUUCCAGUGAGACACGACGACACCUGGAGGCCGAAACAAGCAACAAAACUGUAUCCAGUUAUUUUAAUAGAUCCAUGGUCAAAACAGGCCGUGUCUCUGCGUGCGCUCUUAUUGGCUGCUGCGGAGAGAGCGUGGGUGCGUCAUCAGGGCAGCGGCGGAACAGUGUUUCCGCUUCCGGGUCAUUUUUGUUUUUAAACAGAAUUCAGUGCACGACCUUAACCCCGCAGACCCGAGCCCCGCAGACCCGAGCCCCGCAGACCCGAGCCCCGCAGACCCGAGCCCCGCAGACCCGAGCCCCGCAGGACCGUGCAAACAUGCACCGGCCUCCGGGCAGAGCGCAGCACAGUCCCGGCUUCAGCCCCGGCCACAGGGCCUCUCCGCGGGGCUGGACACCGACACACGGCGGCCGGUACAGCGGCUCUCCUCGCUUCUCUCCGGGGCCGUACGGAGGAGAAGGCCGGGACUUUGGCCGAGGGGCUCCGUGCUUCUCGCCCCCGAGGUUUCAGGGGGGGUCGCCGCGGGGACGUGGAGCUCUGUCCCCGGGCUGUGGCGCCGGAGCCUCGCGGUUCAGAGGCAGGAACAGAGGAGGCUUCAGUCCCGGAACCGGAGCCAGGAACCAGGAGGACGCAUCUGUGGAGAGUUACUUUCGUCCGAACAUGCUCCAGGACCCGUGGAAAAACCUGAGUCCAGUCUCUAAAGACCAGCUCCAGACCAGGACUAGACCAGGACUAGACCAGGACUAGACCAGGACUAGACCAGGACUAGACCAGGACUAGACCAGGACCAUCUCGAGAAAACCUUGGAUCGUUUUUAAAGUUUGAAGUUUAUGUAUUUUAAUCCCUGUUUUUAUAUAUUUAUAUAUAAAAGAGAACAUUUCAUUUGUGUUUUUAAACUGUUUAUUCUUUUGGAUUAAAAUCAUUUUGGAAAAAAAUGAAA